AUGCGAGUGCUUCUUUUCACCCCGUUGCUUGCUGCAUGCGCAAGCGCAGGGUGUUUUGAGCCCAAUAUUGCGCAUCCUCCACCUAGAUACGAUGCUCAUGAUCCUCUCCUCCAAGAGGCAUUCCAGUCGAUAAAUGAGGCACUCACUGUAGCUAUCGCCGCACCAGAAUUCGACCAGACCUCUUUAUCUAUAGAAAUUACUUCUUCAAAAGAAACACUCUGGUCGCGACACCACACGGCGCGCGAUCGCAAUGCCUCACGCCCGGACAUCUCAGAAGUCAAUGGCGACGCGCUCUACCGCAUCGCUAGCAUAACAAAAGCUUUUACUGUUCUCGGGGUUCUGUAUCAACACGCAUCUGGAAAUGUGAGUUUGGAUGAUACGGUCAAUACGUAUCUAAAGGGAUUGGGAGACAAGUCAGAUGGUGGCAUACCAUGGAAAGAUAUCACGCUGCGUAGUCUGGCCAGCCAGCUCAGCGGCAUCCCACGCGAGUGGGCACAGAGCGAUCUCAUUCAUCAAGAUCUUGAUCUCGCCAAGGUGGGCCUGCCACCCGAUGUUUCCAGAGAGGGCUUGCCGACGUGUGAUGAGUACUCGCCGAAUUAUGAGACACCUUGCACUGCGAAAGAUUUGUUCAAACAGCUCAAGAAAUUCCGCCCACUCUUCGCACCAAAUCAAGCAUCCACCUACUCCAACAUCGCCUACGAGAUCCUCGGACUCGUCCUGUCGCAUGCCCGAAACCAAACUUACGAAUCAUACAUCGAAGAAGCCAUAUUCAAACCCUUGAACAUGUCUAGAAGCACCUUCUCUCUCCCCCCUGACUCUGCAGGCGUAAUCCCCUCAGGCCUUCAUUUCUGGGACGUAGAUGAAGGCGUCCAAAAUCCUACAGGCGGUAUAUACAGCUCCUCUACCGACCUAUCCAAGUUCCUGCGCUACAUCUUAACGCAUUUCAAUGCUGUGACACCCGCAAUCAACUGGAUCAACCCCGUCUCAUCUUCACGCGGCUUAAACUCGUUCUACGGCAUACCCUGGGAAAUCCUGCACACAGACCGUAUCCUCGCCGACUCGAGACGAAUGGUACGCUUCGUUACCAAAGGUGGUGGUCUCCCUGGCUACACCUCUGUCAUCAUAGCCGUGCCAGAAUAUGACUUGGGCAUCACGAUUCUCGCCGCUGGGCCUAGCCGGGUACUUUUUACACUUAGAGAAGUAAUUACUGUCACUUUGAUCCGUGCGGCUGAGAAACUUGCUAUUCGUCAGCUGAAUGAGCGCUACGCUGGUACAUAUGCCGUUGCCGAUUCCAAGCUUAAUUCUACGGUUACGCUGAAAGCCGAUCAUCGAGGCUUGGUUGUCACGCGUUGGAUAUCAAACGGAACGAACAUGUAUGACUCGCCUGUUGUCAGGAUCUUUGCACCAUCGCAGUUUUAUAUUCAGCUAAGCCCGACGCUUUUGUUUCGCGAUGAGGAGAGGGCGCUUGGAGAAGAGUGGCGUGGCAUGCUUGCUGAAGAGCGGGGUGAAGGUGCGGGGGGUAUCUGGGAUGACUUUUGUGUGGAGAACUAUGAGACGACGAGUUAUGCAGGUAUACCGUUCAAUGAGGCGGUGUUUUGGGAUGAGCGCGAGGAUGGAACAUUUGGGACAUUGGAGCUGUCUGCGUUUAGGGUAAAUUUGACCAGGGUGGAUGAGGACGGUGGUGAUGGAGGAGAAGUGGACUACGAUGGACAUGAGAUCAUGGAGUUGUGA